GCCAAAUUGACCAAGAUCUUAGAGACCUUAUGGGAGCAAGAUUUCCUUCGUGAAGAACGACAGAUUCGAGUAACACGCUCAGUCAAUCUGUGCUGAAAUUCUCGAUGGGAAACUCAAUGUCGGGGGUCGAGAUAAUGUCUGUAUUCCCGGAUAUGCGGCCACAGAUAUCUGUACGACAUUGCCUUGAUGUCGUUGCUCCUUGAACGGCAGUCAGGGUCAUUUCUUGAAGAGCUUUGGAAAGCGACUUGGGCGGACGUUGAUUUUGACCUUUCGGCAAGACUUGAUGUAUUUGCUGCCUUCCUAAAAAAGGCAGGGUCAGAGAUUACCGAGGCUAUAAUACAGGAUUAUCCCUAUGACCCAGAAGGCCCCAACAACUCCGCCCGUGACGCAGUCGUUGAGUUGUUUUGUGGGAUAGAUGACGACGGAGACACCUUUCAACUGACCUCCCGGCGACAGAGCAGAUGGCAGAGAUCAUCGUGGAACGAUGCGGAAAGAGUGCCAUUGAGACAUCCUUAGAGUGCAGGAAGGUCAUUGUCAUGGAAUCUUUGAUUAAGGUGACCGAGAGAAAUCGUACUGUGGAUGAGAAGGAGGUGAUUGAAUGUUUGAAGCAAAGGAGAGGCUAGACUCUCAUGUCAUUACGAAGAAAUAGAAUCGUUAUGCAGUCAUUCAAAGGCGCAGUCCUAAUUACCAAACUUCGUACAUACAAAGAUGAGCAAA